AUGGCGCCGCCCCCUGGGCCAGGCGAUCCGCAGGAGGCCACGAGCGGAGAUGAGUUGAGGGAGUCGAGAAAGGCUCGGAUGGAAGCUCUUUGCGCCAAGCUCACGAUGAAAGCCAAGAAGGCGCAUCAAGAACGAGCCGACGAACGCGACCGCACGACGGAGCGCUGGAGCGGGCUUCGAAUUGUGGACCGCUGCAUUCGGCAGGAGAAGUGGGACGCAUCCAUGCGGGGAAAGGACUUGGUUCCGAUUCAGCACUUGGGAGGACUGUCGGCUCCUGAGGGAUUGCUGCCAUGUGCGAGAGGUCCCAGCGCGGGACCCUUCCGAUGA